AAUUUAGAAGAAAGCAGGAAGAUGAAUGCAGGUGAAUGUGAGAGCUCACUAGCUUCUGUACAGAUCAGAUUUAACCAGAGCAUUACAAGAAACAGUGAGACAGAUGAACAGCCUUGGGUUGUGGUGUUUCUUCUGUGUCAAGCUUCUGUUCCAGAUCUCCUGUGCAGAGAAUUCUGAUGUAUCCAGAUGGAUCCAAGAUGACCAUAUCAUCCUGAUAUUUCUUGCUGUUAUAGCCUGCAUUCUCAGCCCUUUUGCCAUUGUGUUCCUCUUUUGGUACUGUUCAGGAUUCCAUUCAAAAGAUCCUGAAAGAGGGAGACUCAUCAAUAAAAAUGAAGAAAAUGUGGCUGUAAUAUUAGAAAAAGAUGACAAAGAGAAAGAAGACAUGAGAAAAAGAAUUGACUUCCUGGAAAAAUGUUGUUGUAGAGACACCAUUGUCCUGGAUGCUGACACAGCUCACCCUAGACUGGAAGUGUUUGAAGAAGGGAAGAGUGUAAGGGAUUCAGGGACAGUUAGAAAGGUGGCCACCGAUAGCACAAGGUUUGACUCCCACACCUUCAUCUUGGCAACUGAAGGCUUCACCUCUGGGAAACACUACUGGGAAGUGAAUGUGGGUAAGAAAAAUAACUGGGAAUUGGGAGUAGCUUCUGAAUCAGUGGGUAGAAAAGGGACAUUGACUCUCUGCCCUAAGAAUGGCUUUUGGGUCAUAGCGCUAGUUGAUGGGAGAGAUUAUUGGGCCCGCACUGAGCCUUGGACAAGACUGACUGUGAGGAAGAAACCACAAAAGAUUGGGAUAUUCCUGGACAUCGCAAACAAGCAGCUAUCAUUCUACGAUGUCCACAGCCAAAUUCCUAUGUACACUUUCACCAUCACUGAUGGUGAUGGUAGGAAAGGGAAGCUCUAUCCCUUCUUCUCCACGGGUAUCACUACUGCGAGGCCAGACCAUGAGCCAUUGAGAUUAUGCCCUAAAGAAGAGUAGAUGGUGAACUCUCCUGUAGGGCACUGACAAAGCUACCUUCAUGGGCAACCCUUUUGUUCUGUCCCAUGUUACAGCUCCCAUAAGGAGUAGUAAAUGAUUGGUAAAGGGCAUUAUUGGGGAAAACACAAAAUAAAGAACACAUUAAUCAAGUCAGUUCCAGAUACUCUCUUCCAUGAUUUUCAAGUCAAUGUAAUCGUACAUCAUCCUAAGUCACUGGGAUUUUUUUUUUAAACUAAUGCUUAACAUUUUUAGAGCCUGUAUAUUUAGGGAUACAUAAUUGCCGUAAUUUUCUGAUGAUGUUUAUUUGCUUUCUUAUCUUUUGUGUGCAUGUGUUCUCUAUACAUUGGAUAUAAGUGUGAAUUUUCACCACAAACACAUGUUAAAAUUUCAGUCAAAAUGAGUGAAAGCUUAAUAGCUCAUAUAAUGUAACACAACUUAUAAUGUAACAUAAUAUAGCUUAUAACAUAAUAUCACGUUUUUAACCAAACUCAGUUCAGUAAAUCAUCACAAGCACGGUAUCAUUUUGCCUUGACAUGAAUUACAGCUUUGGAGAGUAUUCACUAUUUAAAUUAAUUGAAUGAAAAUAUAGUCUAAUAAGACUAAAUCAUCAUGAAGAUUUUAGACUGGAAGAAAAAUACAUUAAACAUGUCUGGAGGAUUACAUGCAGUAAAUUAUUUCAUCCACUAUACUAAGGUAAAGAUUCAUUUCCCGUGAGAGUCACUCCUGCAUUCUAAGUAGGACCUGCUAGAAAAUGAGUGAGCAGUGUGAACACCUGCCUAAACAAACCUUCUGAAGCACCGGUUGAUACUGCAGAGAAGGAAGUAGAAUGUACUUCGGAGAAGGGAGGAUUCCCAACAGCUCAUAGAAAAGUGAGAAUGGCCUCACCUAGUUGUUGCCACACCUCAUUGUCUUCCUUGAAUCUGAAUGUGGAUGUUGAUGUGCACAGAGCUCGGAACAGGGACUGUGUCCUAUUAUUUGCCUAUAGAACUUCUCCAUCAUUUUAAGCACUGUAAAGACCAGUCUUUACUAGCACUCUGCAUUGCUCUGUCAGGUUCUUUAAUACACACUGGAACUGCAUUGACACUCAGACUUCUUAUUCACCUGUUGAACGUUUGCCUUUUUGCUUUUAAUCUAAUGAAUAAAAUCACUUUUUCUCAGCUUGAAUUACCUGUCUUUCCUGUGG